GUAAUGCUGUGCAGUUUCCAGGAGGAUCUUCUUUUCUCGCUUGAUUUUGCAAAUAUGAGGACUGCACUUAGGAAGCAAACGUUAUGAUGGACUCUACUCGACACUGCAGAAAAUAUACCAUUUUAUUGUUUCAUUUUCUGGCGUUUAAUACUACAUCCUCUCAUGAACCUUUAUCUGGAAAUACAGUGAAUGGGAGCAUCGAGGGACAGUUUGCAGAUAUCGUCUUAGGUCCCUCUUGGUAUUAUACAUCUAUUAAUUCCGUGCCCAAGCAUGGCACAGUCGGCUUACACUCCCAUAACAGAUGGGGAACACAGAUGGCUUUCUCCAAAACGGUUUAUUCAUUUGAAGUGAAAGAAGACACCCUACCAGGAACAGUUGUGGGAAAGGUGGAAACGGUGUUUGAUAGUCUCACGCCUAUCACAUACUCAGUGCAGGAGGAUGACGGAGAGAACCUGUUCCUCCUCAGCCCCUUCUCAGGGGAGUUCUUACUGUCCCGCAGUCUGGAUUUCGAAGUACAAAGAUUCUACAUACUCACUGUGUUGGUGCAGCAGGGGGAUUCACAGGUUUCCAGUGUCAGGGUGUACUUCAAUGUGUUAGAUGUAAACGACAACCCCCCUGUUUUCAGUCAGGAUGCCUUUUCUGCGUCAUUGCUGGAAGACGCACGGGUUGGAACUUGCUUCCUGUUUUUAAAUGUGUCAGAUAAAGAUGAUGGUGACAAUGGAGACUUGAAGCUAAGAGUGGCUGGUGGCGAUAAAGAGGAAGUUUUCUUCAUAAACACAGCUGGUAGUUUGUGCCUGAACACAGAGUUAGACAGAGAGAGCCAACCCUUCUACAAUCUGACUGUGACAGCCAAUGACUGUGUCCAGCCUGCGUCUUUACAGUUCACCAGCACAGCGCAUGUUAGUGUGGUGGUUGAUGAUGUCAAUGACAAUGCGCCAUUGUUUGUGUCAGGAAAAAUAGUCAGCAUACCAGAGGACACUGCACUUCAUUCUGUUAUAAUGACUGUUCAUGCUGUGGAUGAAGACAUUGGAUCCAAUGGGGAAGUUUUAUAUUAUUUAAACAACACUUCUGGUGGCGUGUUUAGCAUUGAUAACAUGAGUGGCAAAAUAUACCUUGAGGAGGAAUUGGACAGGGAACAGGUAGACACCCUGACUAUUACUGUAACAGCCAGUGAUAAAGGCUCACCCAGGAUGGCCACCAUUAUGAAUCUCACGGUGCACGUUGAGGAUGCUAAUGACCAUGACCCUGAGUUCUCUCAAAGCACCUACAGCUUGACAAUCAGCGAGGAUAUCCCCAUAGGAACGAGUCUGUGUCAGGUUCAGGCUCUUGAUCGAGACAUCGGUACAAAUGGACACGUGCGAUACAUAUUGACCCAGACCAGACCUUUUGUGGUGGACGCGGUUCGAGGUGUCAUCACAGUCUUGGACAAACUGGACAGGGAGAGGCAUUCAAACUACACCUUAACCCUAACAGCUGUGGAUCAGGGGAAUAAACACAGAUCUGCUACUGCUGCUAUCAGCGUCACAGUGUUGGAUGUCAAUGACUUUGCACCCCUCUUUACUCCACAAACACUUACCAUACAUGUGAUGGAGAAUGAGAAGGACCCCGCUCAGCUAACACGACAGGUAUCAGCUUUAGAUGAAGAUUUAGGCGUCAACAGCCAGCUUACCUAUUUCAUACAGAAAGAAAAUAGUGACGGUUUGUUCUCCAUCACUCCCAGUGGCAUGUUUCAAAUUUUACACAGUCUGGACAGAGAGAGGGAAUCAUUGUACUUGGUUACCAUCAUUGCUGUGGAUUCAGGAUUGCCACCUCUAACAGGAACUCUAACCAUACAUGUCAUAGUAGAUGAUGUCAAUGAUAACUGUCCAGAGUUUACUGAGGUAGUCUACAACACCAUAGUGUCUGAGGACAGUCCCACAGGCACUGUGUUUGCCAUGAUAUCUGCAUCUGACAAUGAUGAGGGUGUCAGCGGGGAAAUAAGGUAUUCCAUGGAGAACCUUGAUGUGCCUUUCGCCAUUGAAGAAACAUCUGGAGAGCUGUUUACAACCGAUGUCCUGGACAGGGAGACAGUAGCCAUUUACAGGUUGAUAGUGAUUGGCAGUGAUGAGCAUCCCACUCAGCCUCUGUCAAGCUCAGUGCUUGUUACUGUUCUCAUUGGAGAUAUUAACGACCACUGGCCCCAGUUUAUGAACAGCCCCUAUGUGGCCUAUGUGCCCACUGAGAUGGCUCAAGGCUCAGUCGUUUGUGCAGUAAGAGCAACAGAUGCAGAUACUGAGAUGAACGCAGAACUGCAUUAUUCGCUAUAUGGACAAAGUUCAGAUCUGUUUUCCAUACAUCCCUACAGCGGCAGUGUAUUCGCUUCAAGUGCUCUCCAGGGAAUGAAAGAUAUCAUUGUCAAUGUACAUGUGGAAGAUGCUGGAGAAAAUCCUAAAUUUGACAUCACUACGAUCAGUAUCCGGUUUCAGAACUUCUCUGAGUUUCCAGAGAUGAAUGUGGAUGUUCUGAGCGAUUCCCUCUCUGAGGAUGAGCCAUUGGGAACAUUAGUGGCAGUUGUCUCCGCAGCGAGCAUAAGGGCUGAACCUGUCUCUUUUUAUUUAGCUUCUGGAAACUUUGAAGACAUGUUUCAUGUGGAGCAAUUGAGUGGCGUGUUGACAGUGGAGAACCCUCUGGAUUAUGAGAACAAAAAGGAGUUUACUUUGUUGAUAGAAGCCAGAGAUUCUGGCUCGCCUCCUUUCUCAUCAUUUGCAGAAAUUCACAUAAACAUCAGUGAUGUAAAUGAUCACUUCCCUCAGUUCACCCAAGCUGAUUACAGGUGUGAGGUGUUCGAGAACUCCCCGCCAUCCUGGGUUUGCGAUGUUCUCGCCACUGACGCUGAUUCAGGCAGUUACGGCACAGUGCAGUACAACAUAACAGAAGGAAACACUGAUAGGUUUUUCACAAUUGACCCGGAGAAUGGUUUAUUGAGCACCACUGCAAGUUUAGACAGAGAAAAUACCCCUGAAUUUAAUUUAACAGUUGAAGCUGCAGAGCUAAACAACCCUUUUCAUAAAGACACAGCAACCGUUAUUGUAGUUGUUUUAGACAGAAAUGACAACGCACCUCGUUUUUCACAGAUUUUCCUUACAGAGGUAUCUGAGGAUUCCCCUGUUGGACACACGGUUAUACAAGUCACCGUAACUGAUGAUGAUACUGGUCCCAAUGCAGUAAUUAAUUACUCCAUACUUGACCAAAUUGAUGAAAUGCCAUUUAAUAUUGACUUCACCACUGGCUGUAUUACGGUUGGAAGACUUCUGGACAGAGAGAUGCAGGAUCAUUAUAUCUUGAAAGUAAAUGCAAACGAUUCAGCAUGGAGCAUCAGCACAGACGUCACUAUAGUCAUAGCAGAUGUCAAUGAUAAUAGACCAGUAUUUUCUGAUAAUUUUUACAGUGUUGUCCUCCCUGAAACAAAAGAUAAAGAGGUGUUUGUUUUGCAGGUUCUUGCUACAGAUGCAGACAUGGAGCAAGACGGUGAGAUUUUGUAUGUUAUUGAACCUCUAAAUGAGCAGUUUUGGGUGAACGGUUCCUCUGGUGAGAUCUAUACGAAGCAGCCACUGCUGUUACAUAAUCCUGCCUUUGAAAUCUACCAGUUUACAGUCAUUGCAUUUGAUUGUGGCAUUGUUCCUCUAUACAGUGAAACCACUGUCACAGUAAGAUUAGAACCAUAUAACUACCACCCACCAAUGUUUUUACCUCUCCAGCCUCUGAUUGCUAUCCCCUAUGACAUGGCUGUUGGUACUGAGGUGGUCCAGUUUACAGCAAUAGAUCAGGAUGUCAGUAACAUCAGCGGUGGUAUUGAAUAUGUUGUGAAUGGAGGUAAUGCAUCUGAUUUCUUCUGGAUCCAAACAGACAAUGGAAAAGUAAUGUUAACUCAAAGUUUGGUGGAGAGCAUACAUUUUUUUUUCACUUUAUUAGUUCUUGUAAAAGAUCAGGGCUUCCCCCCUUUGUCAUCACAGACUGAAAUCACUUUUGAAAUAACUGGGAGGAAUCAAUUUUCUCCGAGCUUUAGAGAGCUGGAUGUCAUUUUCUCUGUCCCCGAGGACUUGCCGGUAGGAUCUGUUAUUGGGAGAAUUCAAGCAGAAGAUAGGGAUUAUGGUCCCAACGGUGCCAUUGUGUACUGCAUUACCACAGAAAAUCAAUAUUUACCAUUCUCUGUAGGAGAUAAAUCUGGGCUACUAACACUGAUCAAAGAGCUUGACUUUGAAAGAGAAAUUAUUUAUCAUGCUCAAAUCAAAGCCCUGGAUGGAGGCUGGGUCUCUAAAACUGGCAUGUUAAAUGUUACAGUGGUAGUUAUGGAUGUAAAUGACAAUCCUCCAGUCUUUUCGUCCUCAGAAUACACCACGUCAGUGCCUGAAAACUCAGAAAUUGGAACAAACGUUCUAGUUGUGAAGGCUGCAGAUGCUGAUUCAGGUGCACAAAUAUCCUAUUCUCUUAUUGCUGGCCGUGUGGAUAAAUUUGCAAUUGAUUCAAGAAAUGGCACUAUCACCACAUUGGAUUUGUUUGAUUAUGAGCGAGAGCAGAUCUUUGAUAUUACAAUCAAAGCUUCAAACAUUGGUGGCCAUACUUUAUUUAGUUUGGCACACAUUGUCAUCCAAAUCUUAGAUGUCAAUGAGUUCACACCUACAUUCAGGAAAAAAGAAUAUAACUUUUCUGUAUUUAAAAAUGUACCCAUUGGAACUAGGAUUGGAAACGUAAUAGCUACAGAUUAUGACCAAGGCUCUGAAGGUCAGGUGUUUUACCUGAUGUUUGGUCAAAACAAAUAUAUGGGCUUUGAAAUUGACAAACUUUCUGGAGAAAUAUACACAACUGUCAGUUUGAGAAAACAAGGCAACAGUCACGUAGUUUUAAAAGUUCUGGCGAAGAACUCUGGCGUUAUCACUGGCAUGGAUGUGGACGAGACUUUGGUGCACAUCAGGGUGAUUGACACAAACGAUGCACCCGUUUUCACUUAUGCACUUUAUUUGGCCAAUGUUGCAGAAGACAGCCCCGUUGGGACAUCUGUGGUAACUGUUAGUGCUCUGGAUGAGGACUCCAUCUUGGACUGGAAUCAUUUCUUCUUCAGUAUUGCAAAUGGAAACACAAACUUCUCUUUUGUCGUUGAUCCAUCCAGUGGUGUUAUUUCAGUACAUUCUCCACUUGACAGAGAACUAUGGCCAGUUUAUAAUCUGACUGUUACAGCCACUGAUAAUGGCGCUCCACCAGCCACUGGGACUACUAAUGUCAUUGUGAUUAUUGACGACGUUAAUGACAGCGUUCCCAAACUCACAAUUACUGAGGCUCAAGUGAAGGAAAAUCAGCCUCAAGGCACAAUGGUUGCCAGAUUAAAUGCAUCUGAUUCUGAUUUGCCCCCAAACCAGGGCCCUUUUACUUACUGGUUGGUAAAUCCUUCAACAGGUAGUGUUUUUUCACUGACUCCUGAUGGAGUUUUAUUCACCACACGGACUAUUGACCGGGAACAAAUCUCUGCAUAUCGAGUCCUGGUGGCUGUCAGGGAUGCAGGGAUCCCUCCGCUGUCAUCCACAACAAUGAUCCACAUCACGAUUGUGGAUGAAAACGAUAACCCUUCACAGCCUAGAAAUAUCUUCAUCGAGGUGAAAUACUUUGGCACUUCCUUCCACGGAGGCAUGAUUGGCAAUGUCCAUCCUGAGGAUCAGGAUGAGUCGGAUACAUUCAGCUGCACCAUCAAAAGUGGACCACUUAAUAUGUUUACAAUAUCUAAUGGCACAUGUGAGCUGUGGUCGUCUCCUUUUCAAGGCGAGGCUACAAUCAACAUUACUAUCGAAGCUACAGACCAGCUUCACUUCCCAGUCAACAACAGCAUCUAUGUAACCUACAAAGGUUUCACAAAUGCUUCUAUAGACAGCUGCAUAUUGUUCUAUGUGUCAUCAUCCUCAAUGGAGGAGUUUAUGUCUAAUAAGUAUUUGCGGUUUGUGAAAGCUCUGGACAGUCUGUUUAACCUACAGGCCUCUAAGACUCAUGUAUUUGGAAUCAAACACAUUGGCAGUGAAAUCCUUCUAUUGGCUGCGGUGAAAAACUACAAUGGUCAAUAUCUUAGCAAAGAGGUGGCCAUUGGUAUCUCUGCAGGCCAUAAGAAAUUACUGGAGGCUCAGAGCAAUGUGACGAUUUCUCACAUCACAAGUGAUCCAUGUCUCACCAGCCCUUGUCAAAAUGGGGCGACGUGCAACAAAAACACUUACAUCAGUCAGGAUGUGGCUGUACUGGAAAGCUCGGCGGUCAUCUUUGUGUCACCGCAGAAAGAGAUUUUUAAUUGUACCUGUCUAGCCGGCUUCACCGGGACACUGUGUGAAGACGACAUUGACGAAUGUGAGGUGAAUCCCUGCGAGAAUAAAGGCACGUGUGUGAAUGCUCCAGGAAGUUUCUACUGUCACUGUCAGAGUGGCUUCUCUGGCUCUUUCUGCUCUGCUGAUGUAGAUGAAUGCCUGAAGGUGAAGUGCCAAAACGGAGGAACUUGUAUUCCCACUCAGGAUGGAUAUCGCUGCCACUGUGUGCCUGGAUUUGAGGGGCAAAUGUGUGAGCAGUUCAUAGACCACUGUAAAUCAACCCCUUGUGCUCAGGGCAGCUGCAUCAAUUCACAGACAGGAUUUUCUUGUAAUUGUCCCUUUGGAGUCAGUGGAGCCCACUGUGAGGAGCACAGUUAUGGCUUUGAGGAGCUGUCGUUCAUGGAGUUUCCCCCAUUGGAUCGCAGGAUUAAUUUAAUCUCUCUAGAGUUUGCAACAGUACAGAGAAACUCCCUGCUCCUGUACAACCCCGGAGGAUCCUCCAGCAGGGAGUUCUUUGCACUGGAGAUACUGAAUGGGGCCAUGCAUCUCUCGUAUGACCUGGGCUCAGGACCUGUGAGGCUGCAGACAAACAAGCAUGUGGCAGAUGGAUAUUUCCACAGUGUCACUGCCAGGAGGAUUGGGAAUAUGGGUUCUUUACAUGUGGACAACUGCACAGAUGAUGAGAACAAUGGAUUUUGUUUUUCACAGAGUGAUGGCAGUAGCUUAAAGAGAACACUAGAUGUUGGCAGUAAUAUGACAUUUGGAGGAACAAGGACAUUUGAAUCUAUUUUACUGCAUCCGGCUCAGAUAAAAACCCAUGACUUCGUUGGAUGUAUUCGUAACAUUCAUGUAAAUGGAAUCCUGCUGAGACCUUCAAUGGCCCUCGCAACAUAUAACAUCCUUGAUAGGUGUCCUCGGACAACACCAUCCCCAUGUCAUAGCAACCCAUGUAAGAACGGCGGCGUGUGCCAUGACCUUUGGUCUGACUACCUUUGCGAGUGCAAAAGCCAUUUUACUGGAAGCAACUGUGAUAAAGAAAUGUCAGAGAAGCUUGUAUUGCGAUUUAAUGGGAAUGAUUACAUUGAGUAUGUCAUCAAGGAGCGAUUCAAGAGAGACUACCUGUUACAAGACUUGCUGGAUGUUGAAAGAAAGGGAAACACCAGAGACCAAAAAGUGAUUGACAUCAAGUUCAAGACCCAAGAUAAUGGAGUGUUAUUGUUUGUUGUUGGAGAGACAGGAUACACUAUGCUGAAGAUAAAAGACAGAAAGCCAGUGUACAUUUCCAAAGACGCACUGUCAGGACACCAGUCAGAGUUCACUGUGGACUCUCCUGUGGCUGACGGGGUCUGGCAUGUCCUCUCCUUGUUCAGCAAUGGACAGAUUACCUUUCUGCUUCUGGAUAGGAAAUCAGUCUUGAACAUCACUGACAGCAGUAUGGAUCUCAAUCCUGUCAGUGUGGAAAAGAUUAUUUUUGGUGCACUUCUGACAGGUGAUUUAAAACUCCAACAGUCAGGGUUCACUGGAUGUGUGCAGUAUCUCAACGUGAGUGGGUACACUCUGCCUGUCAGUGGACUCAGUGUGAUGGCGGACGUCUCGCCAAGCUCGACCCUUGUUCAAUCGAGCUGCAGCUCUCCGGGUGUCUGCCUCCCCUCGUCCUGCUCUGAGGAGGAAACAGCCGGGAGGCGUUGUCUCUCUGGACAUGCUGUGCACAACAGGUCCUGCAUCUGUUUACAUAACGUUUCUGAGCACGCCUGUGAUAUGUGCAUCUCUACGACAGAGAGCCGUAAUCAGUGCUCUGAGGCUCAGGGCAGCGCUCCUCUGUGGCUUAUAGCUGUGAUUCUUCCUCUAACCUCCAUCCUGGUGAUAGGAGCGUGUGUUGCCCUUUACAGAGUGAGGCGACAGAAUGCAAAGUGUCAGAGAGAUAGCUCGCCACAACAGACAGACAAUGUAGCGUUUUGCUUUGAUGACAAGAGAACACUCACAGAUGCUGAGUCUGCAGAAAUAGAGAAACAACACGACCCAAUGAGUGCUGAUCAGCAGAGGUUAAGUCUGGAGUUUUACGGUGAUGCCAGUUUGUUAAGUGUUCAGCAGGUGCCAAAAAGUGAGCUGGAGUAUUAUGAAAUCGGCAGCAUCUGUAGUGCACUUCAUUCAGACACUGCCUCACUGACACUCAGCUGCCACAAACAGCCCAAGUGUGUGAAAGCUGAUCCUAAACGGUGGGGAGAUUUGAGGAUGCUGUUAGCAGGAUUUAAGAAAGAAUGCUUCAGUGAAGAAGAGGGGGCAAAAAUUCCUACAAAGCCUCAAAAUGUGGCUUUCUUAAACAAGCAGUUGUUGACUAAGAUUGAUGCAGAGCAGUCCCAGCAUACACCACCUCGUUACCAGAAGAGGUUCAUACAACCAAAGUUCCUGGAACCGGCCCAAUGUCUCACGUUUGAGGAAAUAGGUAAACUAUACACUCCUCGGGAGAAAACAAUGUCACAUGCAGCAUCCCCAGGGUUUGGACCUGACAAGUCCACCACGAUGAUCGGUGCCUCAUCUGACAGUGAAACAGGCAGCACAUUCACCUGCUCGGAGUCUGAGUGCGGACAGUUUUCUACCAUCAGCGCCAGGACAUAUAUACAUGACCUAUCAUCCCUGUCAGCGUGCAGCUUUAGACAACAAGGCAUCUUGCCUGUCAGCUCAUUCUUAAAACACUCCUGUCACUCUGCUGCAGGUCAGCACAAAGCUGAGAGUGCUCCCUCAAGUAUGUUUGAGCAAUGGGGAAAUCUUUUAAAUAUGCAUCUACCUUUCAGCAGCUAUGCUCCCGUAUUUGAGGAUAUAGCAUGUCUACCCUCUGACCCCAGUCAUGGCUUUGAUAUGCAAAGUGACAUGGAGGAAAUUAUUUGAUGGCCAUUAUAUACUUUGUAUAUGUCGCAAAAGGGUCAGGUGGGAAAAUUGUAAAUAUGCAGUCGGUUACUUAUUUGAAAUAAUUUUGAUGCAUCAAAACUCAACAACAAUGUAAAAGAAUGACAUGAAAAUCCAAACUUUUAGUUGCGACUGUUAGGCCCGCUGCCUCUAGCUUCUCUGUUCUGUCCUCUCUCCCUCAGUUUUUGUACAUAUAGCAUGGCACUUGUCACAACAUUAAUUUUAGAAAAGGCACUUUCCCGAAGACCAAAGAGUGACUGUGUUCUUUGUGUUAAUUCACAAUUACAGUCUUACAGAACUGUCAAAAUGUAAGAUCUGUUUAAGCGUUAGUGUCCUUGUGGAGUGUGAAUGGAGAAUUGGAGAAUUUUUUUUUUAUUAUUAGAAAAUGUGUUUAUUUUAUAUUUGGAAAAUUGCAAUACAUUUUAUUUAUGCACUAAUGAAACAAAGGUACAAUUUACUUAGUAAAACAGAGUACCUUAGAAACAAUACAAAUGUGCAAACAAAGUAUGAGUUAACAAGACAUGAAAAUAUAAAAGUAGAAAACAGAAUAAAACAAUAAAUAAAACAUUAAGAACAUUAGGCUGGUAAUAAAAAAGCCUUCCAGUACAAGUGAGUUUUAAGACGUGGCAUGAAGUGAUUCUGAUCUGGCUCCUUGCCAAGAAGAAAAGCCUCAGUAAACUUCUAACAUAGCAUUUUUGUUGGAACAAUCAGGAGACCCCUGCUUGAGGAUCUCAGGCUGCGUUGGGCUCAUAGAGGAUUUCAAUCUGUAUAAUUACUGUAGGAGCAUGCAGUACUUUAAUAGUGAAAAGCAAAGUAUCAAAAUUGAUUCUAAAGCUAACAGGGAAGUGACAUAUUUGAAGCAGCAAAAGUAACUAAUCACUUGAUUGAUGAUGUAUUUUAUCCAGUUGUUGUACUGCUAUUAAAUUUCCUAGUAACUAA